CUCGUUAGGAAUAAGAGUAAUUUAAUUGUUUCACAGUUACAAUUUUUAUAGCAUUUAUCAACUCUAGAGCUGAAGUAUCUUGUGUUAUACACUUCUAAAACAGUUGUGUAAAAAGUAAAUGCCUAGUAAAGCCCUAUCUUGUAACAUUUGAAAAUUAACAAAAAGUUUAGACACAACUCGAACGAAAAAAACAACACCAAUACAAGGAACGUUACGUCAACAACACUAACGCCAUCUCACAGUAAACUACAAUAUUAAGUUUAAAUUGAAAGUUUAUCAACAAUUAAUAACGCAAUAAAGUGAUGUGAAACCUCUUAGCUAUGAACCAUGAUUUGUAAAAAAAAACAUAUAAAUUACUUUUUAAGUUAUUUUACGUCAGUCCGAAUGCUGUAAAAUAAUAUUGCUUAGUUCUCAAACACAGCUGUUCACCGCGUCGUCGCCAUUGUUAUUUUCCGUCUCUUUUUAGAUCGCGUCCUCCCGGCUUCCCUCUCCCCCUUCUUUCAACCAGUUUCGCUCGAUUCUCGUGGCGUGCGGACGACUGUACGUGGCGCGGAUAAAAAAUUCACGGUCUAAUCCUUUGUCCAGGAAGAAGCUAAGCUGAACAUACCACAAUUUUUCACUGCCACGAAUACAACUCUUAGCUAAAACGUAUAAUAACUGGUGUUAUCUACAGGUGUCUCAACGUUUCGUGUGUUGUUUAGUGAUUCCCGCAUAGUCAAUCGAGCAUGAAUAAUAAAGAAGUAACCGGUGAUAUUGUCGUGUGUCUACUGGGAAGCGGGAUCUGGUGAUCAUCGGGGGCAGUGUUGAGGUCGUGAGAUUCGUCGUGUGAUGAGUCUGCGGUGACAACUCGCCGCUGAGCGGUUGGAUGGCGGCUGUAAGCGGCCCCGCGCGGCACUCUCGCGUUUCCAUGAGUGUGUCCAUGUCGCUGAUGCAGGGCGGUACGCAGAGCGCGCCGCAGGGCGCCAUCCUGGCGGCAGCGGCGCCCUACUACCAGACGCCGGCCAUCCCGACCGACGUGCAGCCCGAUCGUCCUAUCGGCUAUGGCGCCUUCGGUGUUGUAUGGGCUGUGACCGACCCUCGAGAUGGCCGGCGCGUGGCACUCAAGAAACUGCCCAAUGUGUUCCAGUCGUUGGUCUCCUCAAAACGCGUCUUCCGCGAGCUCAAGAUGCUCUGCUUCUUCAAACACGAAAACGUCUUAUCGGCGUUGGACAUCUUACAGCCGCCUAGCCUCGACUUCUUCCAGGAAAUUUACGUCAUCACGGAACUGCUGCAGAGUGACCUUCACAAGAUCAUCGUGUCCCCUCAACAUCUGUCCGCAGACCACAUCAAAGUCUUCCUUUACCAGAUACUAAGAGGUCUGAAGUAUUUACACUCAGCUCGAAUCCUUCAUCGGGACAUCAAACCUGGCAAUUUACUGGUGAACAGCAACUGUGUGCUCAAGAUCUGCGACUUUGGGCUUGCCAGGGUCGAGGAGCCGGACGCCAGCAAGAACAUGACACAAGAGGUCGUCACGCAAUAUUACAGAGCACCUGAGAUUCUUAUGGGAGCGAACCACUACACGGCCGCGGUCGACGUGUGGUCUGUGGGCUGCAUUUUUGGAGAACUCCUGGGCAGACGGAUUCUCUUCCAGGCUCAGAAUCCAGUACAGCAGCUUGAGCUGAUCACGGAGCUGCUGGGCACGCCGUCGCUGGAGGACAUGCGCCACGCGUGCGCCGGCGCGCGCGCCCACAUGCUGCGCCGCGCGCCGCGCCCGCCCGCGCUCGCCGCGCUCUACACGCUGUCCGUGCAGGCCACGCACGAGGCCGUGCAUCUACUCGCACAGAUGCUAGUGUUCGACCCUGCGAAGCGUAUCAGCGUGGUGGACGCCCUGGCGCACCCGUACCUGGAGGAGGGCCGGCUGCGCUACCACUCGUGCAUGUGCAAGUGCUGCUACAGCGCGCCCGCCGCCGCGCGCCACUACUCGCCCGACCUGGAGCCCGCCGCGCCGCACGCCUUCCACGACGCCUGGGAGAGGAAGCUCACCUCCGUGCACCAGGUCAAAGAGGAAAUUCACAAGUUCAUAGCAGAACAACUACAGACGUCAAGGGUUCCAUUGUGCAUCAACCCUCAAUCUGCGGCGUUCAAGAGCUUCGCAAGCUCUAGGGCGGGUUCGAAAUCAAAAGUUUGUUCCCCUUUCAAGACGGCGGCAAAAUAUCUACUGCUAUCGCCCGUGAUAUUUCUGUGCGCUGCAUAGCCGUUGAAUCCACUCCACAGUGGCGCACCCGUCCGAGCUGCCGCCGUCGCCGCACCAGUGGGAGUGACGCGCGGCUGCCC